AUGGAAGGUUUGUGGACCAGCAGCCAGUCUCCAGACGAAUCGCCAUGUAUUCUCCAAUCCCGAAUUUUCACACCAAGUCCAACCGCUUCGAUUGCCGCAUCAGACUGGUCAGAUCCUGAUAGUCCUGUUGAAGGAGCAUUUCAUGUUAAUGAAGGCUGGCAUGCCUCGGAAGAUACGGUUUGGCGUACCCUUGCUCGCCAUUUUCGAGACAGUUGGUGGAAUUGGAGCGACAGCAAUGACAAUUGGUUGGAUGAUAGCACUCCGGGUGACUAUAAAUACGAGCCAGCAUUCAGCAUUGAUGCUUGUGUUCGUAUCCAGGGCCAAGAGAAUAGCAAAUGGGCUAAGAAAGACGGAUCAGGGCGCUACUGGUCUAAGAAGUUGUACAGGGUAGCUGACCUACGAUGCACGGCUGAUGUUCUGGGACAGGGAUUCUGUUCAGUCGGGCAAUCUUCCGAUGAUCAUGAAGAUGAAUAUAGCGAGGACUCUGAUGAUGAGAUGCAAGACGGGCAGCGUAAUCGUAAGCACGAUGCGAGGAAUACCCCGAGCUACUGCGCGAAGGGGAGUUCACCAGAUACCAAGUUUUGGUAUUACAAACUAGACAUGUCUUCGGAGGAUAACGAGCAUCCGCUGGCCGAUGCUACGUGGUGGGCGGAAGACCAGCUCGUCCUUGAUACUGAAGCGGACUGGGACCAUGAAGACCAGAUGACAGACUGUGGAUCCGGUAUUGAGGACGAUGAUGCCAAAGAGGAGACGGUGCCCUUGGACUACGGUGAUCAGGAGAUGACAGACGAAAAAAGGAUUCAGGACGAUUUUCAUGGAGAGGUGGCCAUCGCGACGCUCUCCCUGAAUUUUCGAGGCUGUUCAUGA